AUGUCGACGCUCGCCGCCCAGCGCGGCAGCGCCCCCCUGCGCGGCCUCACCUCGUCUCUCAGCUCCCUGUCCCUCCAAACACCCAGCGGCCGUGCCUUCUCGACGACGCCGGCGGCGCUGACGAAAACCAUCGCCCUCCACCGCAUCCCCGCCUUCCCGAUCCCCGACUACCCCCUGGGGCCGCGCCUCAUCUACAAGCAGUCCAACGGCGGGCUCUACGCAACGGCCCGCAUCCGCCGCGGCAACAACAUCUCGUCCGACCACAAGGUCAAGACGCCGCGGGCCUGGCGGCCCAACAUCCACCGCAAGCGCCUCUGGUCGGCGGCCCUCGGCGUCUGGGUGCGGGCCCGGCUCUCGCUGCGCGUGCUGCGCACCAUCCGCAAGGAGGGCGGCCUCGACGCCUACGUGCUCAAACGGCCGCCGUGCGGGCGCGCUUCGCCGACGAGCGCGCCCGCCUCGGCGUCGUGCGGCCCGGCCGGCGUCGAGGAUGAGAACAACACGGACCUCGUCCACGUGCUCGUCGACGGCGCCACGCCGGGCCCCCUGAGCGCCGUCAGCAGGGCAUCAUCGCGCGCCGCGCCGAGGCCGUCGCCGCCGACAGGAUGGCCUGGGACGUGGCCGCGCUGCAGGCCCAGGGCCAGGAGUUUGCCCUCGGCGAGGAGGCCGAGCUGGCGGGUGACGAGGACGUCAGGGGGCGCGGGCGAGCAGGUCGGCGGCACCGUGGAGGAGCUCGACGCUGCGAUCGAGGCGAUGGAGAAGGACGAGGCCAAGAGGUCAUGA